UUUUACUGAAGAAGACAAGGAAAUUCGGUUAUGUAACUAACCUUAAAAUGCCGUUUAGUUUUCUUUAUUUGCAUUUUCCUUGAAGCGUCUAGUCUGUUAGUUUAAUAACGAAAGUGUUUUUUUUGGCAAUUUUAUUAUACAACAGUUACCCGUAAACAUCUUAAAAAUAAAUAAAUUAUAAUGACUCGUUAAUAAUCGAAAGUACUAAAAAUCGAAUUUUCGAUGCGUGGACGAGAUAGCGGACAAUUGUCACAGAAUUAACGAACCCGUCUCUCUGAAAUGAAUUUCGCGUCGUUCGGCGUCCCCCUGUCGGCGGCGUUGCCCGUCGCCACGCAGUUCUCCGCCGGCAAAAUCACGCAGAGCGUCACCACGCCCAGUGGCCAGGUGGUCGGCGUCCUUCAAGGCGGCGAGAACGGCGUCCAUUAUAUACGCCCGUUGGACGCGAACGCGUUCGCGCAGGCGUCCGCGGGAGGGCAAAGCGGUCAGGGUCCCGGGCAGCAAGCCCAAACCCUGAUCACGCUGCCCAUAACGAUGCCCGGAGCUAAACCCGGCGAUCCCCAACAGACCGUACAGAUCCAGGUGGUGAAUCCCAACCCGCCGGUGUCUCAGGCCAGUCCGGGCAGCAGCCCAAAGUACCACAUCUCCCAGAUACCAAUUCAAACGUUCGGACAGGGCGCGACCGUACUUACAGUCGCCUACAAUUCCAAUCAGGAAGGAUUGCAGAUCCUGGACGGGCAAAACGGAAUGGAAGGCAUGACCGUGGUCGCGGCUCUGCAGCCCCAAGAUAUCCAGCUGAUCCAAGCGCAAACGGAGCCCAUGCAGCAGGACGAUAAGGGCGACAAAGAUCAACCGAUGCCGGUCGCCCUGAUCAAGAGUGAGUUGAUCAAAGACAACGAGCUGCAGCAAACGGAGCCCGAGACGAUCACCGUGCCCGCGCAGUACCUACAGAACAUGAACAGCUUGCAGGAGUACAUACAAAAGGUGCAGGCGCAGAGCCUGCCGCUCACGUCGCUGCAUCAGUACUUGAAAUUUAAUUCGCCCGAUGUCAAGCGGGAACUGAUCACCGAGGACGGCAUCAUCGAGACGGUUAACAUGUCGAACUCGGACGAUCAAUUCAAUUUGCAGGAGCACCUCAUCAUGAACAACGUUGUCACGGAGCUGCAGCCGGAGGAUGUGGUCGAAGACCCUGCGGAUAAAAGUAAAAAGAAGAAAAAGUACAAGAAGAAACCGCCGAAACCGAAAAAACCCAAGCCCGGCCAGGUGCACAUAGCGACCGCUUUGGACGGCACGACGCUGUUCUGCUGCCCCGAGUGUCAUAUGGCGUACCCCGAGAAGGAACUGCUCGAGCAGCACCUCGUCGGACACAAAAUCGAGCGACGUUUCAUAUGCGACAUCUGCGGUGCCGGCCUGAAACGCAAGGAGCACCUCGAACGACACAAGCUCGGUCACAAUCCGGAGCGUCCGUUCGUCUGUUCGGUGUGCAUGAAAGGUUUCAAGCGGAAAGAGCACCUCAACCUCCAUUUCGUCAUUCAUUCGGGCGAGAAGACGGAAAUCUGCGGCGAGUGCGGCAAAGGUUUCUACCGGAAGGACCAUCUGCGCAAGCACACGCGCAGUCACAUCACGCGGCGCGCCAAAGAGCAGGCGGAGCGCGCGCAAGCGCUGCUCAAAUCGCAGGGAAGCAACGGUGCGGCACCCGCGGACGACCUGCAGGCGGCCAGCGGAACCAUCACCAACGGUACCGCGCAGGUCACGAUACAAGUAGGAGGCGGGGGACCGAACAGUCAGAUCCAGAUCCCGGUACAGAUCCAGGUGCCGCAGCACCAGAUCCAGGUGUCCACCGAUGACGACAGCAACCAGGUCAGCACGGUGGUGCUGCCUUCUGCCGGCGACGGUAUUUCGAUUAUGCCGAACUGAGGGUCGGGGCUCCGUGCCGUCUCGGGCGGCGAGUAGUUCAAGCGGACCGCGCCUGAUUAGUUCGAAAAAACUAGUGUGGUGGUUCUCGGCGGGUACUGCGAAUGCUGCCCGGUAGCUCAAACGCACCGCCCCCGAGUAGUUCGAACAGACCGCGCCGAGUAUUUUGAAGGAUGGUCGGGUAGAUCAAACGUACCGCGCCGAGACGGCGGCCCCCUCGAUCUCCGGAACGGCACUAAAUACGAUUGUUUGUACAUAAGACAGAUGAACAUAUUACAUAUUUAAUUUAUUGCCUUUUUAUAUGAUAACGUACAGGUUGUAAUGAUAGUUAUGUAUAUGCGGGUGCGCGGAGAGUUUGACGCCGCGAUAUCAGUAUUACCAAACCAUUCGGGGAUUGAAAGUAUUUACAAAUACUUUUUUAAAAUGCGAUUGUUGAAGAGGUUUUAGUAUUUUCUCCCCAUUAAACAAAAAAUCAUCGCUCCAUUGUAAUUUUGUUUCCUAAUUGCUAUUGCAUUUUUGCUGAACACUAUUUUAGUAUUGUGUGCAUUAAAAAAACAUAAUAUAAUCUAUCCACACAAUAUUUUGAUAAACUUCGGUCUUUAAUAUUAUUGCAAUUGUGACCAUGUAGAUGGAGACACUUUUUUUAUAAACCUUUUUUUUUAAUGCAAAAAUUUAGUUGGACAACAAUUGUGGCGAUUUUAUUCUAUAGUUCAGAAGUUUAAGUGUUCUGUUGUUAAAAAAUAUUUAUUGACUUUUUUUAAGGCUUUUUUAGUCGUUUAAUGGUUUCCUUUCCUUUUUUCAAAAAAAAAUAUACCGAAUUUUCUACCAGAUAUAAAAGGGAAAUAACUAGAAACGAAUUAAAAAUAUAUUUUUUAAAGGUUAUAAUAUCGAGUGAUAAUACUUCCGACAACAUUGGAAUAUUUGACUAUUAACAUGUUUAUGAACUAGCCACCUUGGAUAUCAGCGGUUGUGAUUUGCAGCCCACCUAAACGGUGUUAAGAAAAAACGUAAAAUAGCGUGCUCAAACCUUCUCCGCCCCGGCAUAGGGCUCGGGGGGGGGGGGGCUGGGUGGGAGCACCUCCGGAAUGGCGGUUUUCGAGACACGGCGGAAUUGUGAUAAGUCGGCGUUCCCCCCGGCCCCCGACACCCCCUUUUUGUUACGGAUCGACGAACAGAACGUCCCACCCCCCAAACCGCGCGUGCUUUAUAUUUUAUGUACAAAAGUUAGGUGUUUAUUCGGUAGUUUUGAGGUUUUGGGCUUUAGGUUAACGAUAAUUUUCUUUUCAUCCCCCCAUCCCCAUUUUUGUUUUACCGUUAGUCCCGCAGCGACCAAUUUCGAGAUGUCGUAAAUAUAGUUUUUAUACGAUGAGAUGAUGAAAAAAUUUAUAUAAAUAUAUAUACGUUGUUAUAUGAAAUUGACGAGAUUGAUUUCAAUUUUAA